AUGUCUAAUCCCAAGGACAAGGGAAAGGCGGUCGCCCUAUUUUCCUCACCCCAGGGGGAUGAGGAUGAACUUUCAGUCACUCAGGAGCGCUCUUUCAUACCCCGCCUCCGUUCAGAUCCUCCGCCAGUCAUUCAGCCACACUCGUUAGAAGAAUUCCGCGAAGCCGAAGGGAAGGAGUACAGAAAACGCAGGCUAAUGCACCUAUGGAAAUCUCUGCCGGAGGUCCUAAACGUACCACGAAAUCACCCAUUACAGCGCACCAGCAACGUUGACCAGCUCACAAUGGAGAAGGCAGAAUCACUACAAGCAAUGUAUGACAGUGAACUCCUACGUCAUUGUACUACACCUGGCGCAUCUGGAUCGCGUCCACCACAUAUAGGCUGGAAGGAGUUCAAAGAGUAUGCAGCCGCAAAGGAAGUUGAGCUUUGGCACAUCUUCCAUGAUGAACUGGACUUGGACGGAAAUGGACGACUUGACGCGGCUGAACUACACGCUGCUCUCAACAGAGCUGGCGUUGCGUUAUCACCGUCAACGGUUUCGGAGUUCAUUUUGUCACUAUCCGUCCAUCCGCAUUCACGUCACAUAACUUUCGACGAGUUUCGCGACUACUUCAUUCUUCUCCCUCGCAAAGUUUCCCCGGCGGAAAUCUACCAGUACUAUGAGGUUCGGAAGUACAUGGGCGAUGACGGACGUGGUCCAGCACGUGUAAACAUGGAAGGUGACGUGAGUCUCAGCGCGGAAGACAAACCUCCAGAUCCUGCCACCUACAGAAUUAUGAGUACAGCAUUAGAGCCAGAUGAAGAGGAAUACGACUACUUUGAUGAAGACGCCGAGGAAGAAGUGGAGCCCCAACAUUUUCUUGAAGGAUAUACGGCUCUCAAAUUCCUUUUUGCUGGAGGUGUUGCAGGCGCAGUUUCACGGACAUUCACUGCGCCAUUUGACCGUCUCAAAAUCUUCUUGAUAACAAGAGCGCCAGAAGUCGUGGGGCCCGCGAACAGUCAAGCUUCAGGUACGAGGGUACUCGCCAGCGCCAUCGGGCGCAUCUACGCAGAAGGUGGUCUUUUGGCAUUCUGGACAGGCAAUGGUCUGUCCGUAGCGAAGAUCUUCCCAGAAUCAGCAAUCAAGUUCUUUGCCUAUGAAUCCUCUAAACGAGCAUUCGCGAAGUAUUGGGACAAAGUGGAUGACUCGCGGGACAUCAGCGGCGUCAGUCGGUUUCUCUCUGGCGGCAUCGGUGGACUCAGCAGUCAAUUGAGUAUAUACCCUAUCGAGACUCUGAAGACGCAAAUGAUGAGCAACACGGGGCUGCAUAAGCGGACGAUAUUCUCUGCUAUGCGUCAUAUCUAUUCGCUCGGGGGUGUACGGGCGUACUAUCGUGGUCUUACGAUUGGUUUAAUCGGUGUCUUUCCAUAUUCUGCCAUAGAUAUGAGCACCUUCGAGGCCCUCAAGCUAGCUUAUCAGCGGUCAACCGGAAAGCAAGAGCCGGGUGUCCUCGCCCUAUUGGCUUUUGGAAGCAUAUCCGGCAGUGUUGGUGCGACGAGCGUGUAUCCUCUGAACCUCGUCCGUACGCGUUUGCAGGCAUCGGGGUCAUCCGGCCACCCGCAAAUAUAUACGGGAGUUUUGGACGUCGUACAUAAGACUUGGGAACAUGACGGAUGGAGAGGGUUUUAUCGGGGGCUCUUUCCUACUUUGGCGAAGGUCAGCAUCGCCUGCAAGAAGCUGAUUUUGACCAUCUGA